AUGGCGAUAUCGCGUCGCGGCGGCGACGACGACGACGCCUCGGGCGACGUCGUCGGCGCGGACGCGCUGCGUCCGUCUCCGAGUCGGCAAUUAGCCUCCGCCUCGCGCUUCGUCGUGUCGCCGCUCGCGUCGUCCUCGGUCGUGACGCACGUCGUGGACGGCCGCUUCCGCCGCCCGGAGUUCCUCGACGUCGUCGUCGCGAAGCGCGACCAGCUUCAGCUGUACGCGAACAAGUUCGAGCGCGCGGACCGCGGCGACGACGACGCGACGAGCGGCAUCGGAGGGUGGCGAAAAGUCCAUCAGCAGCCGCUCUACGGCACGCUCCUCGACCUCCGGACGCUGCGAGGAAGCGGCGCCGGCGGCGUCGCGGGAGUCCGCGAGCGCGUCGGCGCGAACGCGCGGGCGUCGUGCGACCUCCUGUGCGCGCUCUCGGACUCCGGGAAGCUGUCCAUCGUUCGAUACGACGCGCGGCUCGCGCGGUUCGCGCCGGCGAGGCAGAUCCACUUGACGUCUCCGGGGUUGCCGCCGCGGCGGUCGCCGCCGCCGCGGCUGCCGAGGGACGACGCCGCGCUCGCGCUCACGCACGACGACGCCCCGAACGACGAUUCCGGCGGCGGCGACGAAGACGACGACCCGAACGACGACGAGCGCGACGACGAGAACGACGACGUCGACUUCGACGCGACCGCGUACGACGUCGGCGCCGACGCGCCGUUCUUCGCGAAGCUCGUCGUCGACGCGAGCGCGCGGUGCGUCGCGGCGACGUGCGCGACGCGCGCGGAGCUGUUUUUUCGGCGGAGGCGGGGGGGUGCCGACGAUGUGGGUGCCGAGUUCGCCUCGUCCGGGGUGCCGCUGCGUCCGAUCGACGGCGCGGUCGUCCUCGACGCGACGUUCAUCGCCCCGGACCAAGACCCGGCGGGCGACGACGGCGAUAUUCGCCUCGCGCUGCUCGUGUCGAAGCGGUCGCCGCGCGGGGCGAACAGAGACCGAGGAGGCGUCGCGCGGACGGCGACGACCCCGGCGGAGGAUCCGUUCCUCGCGAACUGGGCGUCGCUCGCGAACCACGCGACGGCGACGGCGACGGCGGAGGCGGCGACGACGACGCACGACGACGACGACGUCGCCGCCGCCGACGACGACGUCGACGCGAUGGACGUGCCGGAGGAGGACGCCGCGGCGGGCGACGAAGAGGAACACCCCGCGCCGAUCGACGACGAGAGCCAGCCGGAGGACCCUGCGGACGCGGCGGAGCAUCCCGACCCCGCGCCCGAGGACGACGACGACGACGACGACGCGGAGGAGGAGGAGGAGGUGACCGAGCUCGACGCGCGCGCGUCGGUCGCGCGUCCGACGCACGUGGACGUCUUCUUCAACCUCCAGCGGCACGCGAACUACGACGCGGACGCGUGGUCGACGCGCGCGCGCGACGUCGUCGAGCGCGCUGUCGUUGACGACGACGACGACGACGACGACGCGAAACAACGUCGACCGUCGCGGCAGACGGAGUGCUACCCCCCGAGGGCGUACGACGACGCCGUCGGAAUCGUCCCGACGUAUCGCGUGUCGUUGACGCUGUACGCGGGGCCUCUCGCGCGCGCGGUGCUCGGCGACGUCGCGUUCUUCGCGUCCACGGAGCGGUACACGGCGGAGAAGGUUCUCGCGUGGGCGCAGUCGCGCGGCGUCGUCGCCGCCGAGGACGGCGAAGACGCGUCGGUUUUUCCGACGAAGGACGCGCCGCGCGCUCUGAACGCCGCCGGCGGCGUCGCGCUGGCGUUGAUUGGCGCUCGGGGCACGGUCGUCAUCGCAACGCCGCCGCCGCCGCCGCCGCUGGCGAUCGGCGAGGCGCAGCAGCGCGACCACGCCGCGAAAGUGGUGUACUCGCGCGAACGGUUCGCGACGGACGCGCGCGGUCUCGCGUGGGACCUCGCGCGGCCGAUCCUCUCGACGACGCCCUCCGCGGGCCCCGUGCGAUCGAUGGCGCGCGCGUCGUCGUCGUCGUCCGCGGCCACCGCGUCGGAUUCGUCCUUCUUGCUCGCGACCGGCGACGCGCUGACGCGCUUAGACCUCGGCGUAAGCGCGGAGGUGACGACCGCGAGCGCUGGGGGCGGUUUCGACGGCGUCGUCGCGAUGUGGGGGUUACGCGGGGGUUACGCGGGGGAUCCGUCGUCGUCGAGCAUGCUUGUCUUGUCCUUCUCGCAGGCGACGCGCGUGUUCGUCGUGCGCAGCGGGUGUGGCGUCGCCAAUACUACUGCUACUUCAACAAACGCAUCAGGCGCGAUGGUUUCGUUCGAGGAAGCCCCUGACGGCGCGGGCCUCGACACGAACGAGUGCACGAUCGCGUGUGGCGCGUGGGCGGGACCCGACGACGGCGGCGGCGGCGGCGGCGGGGGCUCCGCGGGGGAACGACACGUGAUUCAGGCGACGCCGUCGCGCGUGCGCCUGUGCGGCGGCGGCGUGUGUCUGCACACGUGGUACCCCGGGAACGACGCCGGGCCGAUAGGCGCGGUCGCGGUCGCGCCGCACGGAAGAAUCGCGCUGUCCUUGCCGAGAAGCGACAACGCCGUCGUCGUGUUGCGUCGAGGCGAGGGCGCGAGCGCGACGAAGUUGAUCCGCGCGGCGACGGCGCGUUUCGACCGCGAGCCUUCGUGCCUGUGCCUGCCGCCGCCGACGCUCGCGCGCGCGCUCUUCGACGACGACGACCGGCGGCUGGCGCGCGUCGAGAGCGGCAGCUUGUGCGUCGUCGUCGCGGGGACGUACGGCCACGCCGUGGAGAUCGUCGCCGCGGAGGAGGCGGCGGCGGCGGCGGCGGCGACCGGGAAGGACUCGCGAAUCGUCGCGCGCGAAUCGCUCGCGCUGAACGCGCGCGGCGGCGGCGGCGACGACGACACCGACGCGUCCUCGUCGUCGCCCGUCGUCCACGGCGUCCCUUCCUCCGUGCACGUCGCUUCGUUCGACGCCGCCGGCCGCCCCGCGAUACUCCUCACGACGCGGAGCGGCGAGUGCGCGCGCGUGGAGACGACGCCGCCGACGCCGGAUCACGCGCAUCCGCUCCCGCGUCCGCCGCCGCUGCCGCGUCCGCCGCCGCCGCGGCUUCUGCGCGACGCCGCGAGCGCGGACGCGCGCUCGCGCGGUCGCGACGUCCCGGUCGUCGUCGUCGGCGAGGAAGCGGACGGCGGCGACGCGACGACCGCCGCCGCGCCGACGCCGCUCGAGCUCGCGUUUCGCGCGCCGCCGCCGGAGAGCGAAGCCGUCGCGAAGCGUCAGCGCGUCGACGUCGCCGCGGCGGUGAAAGACGCCGCCGCGGCGCUCCAGACGCGCAUUCUGAUCCCCUCGGAGGAUCAGAAUCGCGUCGCCGUAAACGCGCCGCGUCCGGGUCCGAAUCCGGGUCCGGGCAAGAUACUGCGACUCGCGCACGCGAGAAAGCUAUGCGACGCGCCGUUGACGAUGCUCUCCGCCGACGACGCGCGCGCGGAGGCGCCGGCGCUCGUCCUCGCGCACGACCGGUCGUGGGUCGUUCGAGCGUCCGGCGGCGUCGAGCGCGUCUCGAUCGUGAAGCUCGCGGCGCCGGCGAUGACGUGCGUCGCCGCGUUCAGGCCGCCGGGAGGGCGCGAGGGAGGCGCGAGUUUUCUCGCCGUCGCGCGCGGACGCCUCGCGCUCGUGUCCCCGGACUUUUCGCAGGCGGAUUACGCGUCGACGCGACGCGAGAGAGUUCCGGGUGGUGGGGGCCCGCGCGGGGCGGCGCGCGACGACGCUCCGGUUCGGCUCGUCGCGCGAGACGCGGUCACGGGGAACGCGCUGAUCGCGGCCGUGCGGACGACCGGCGGCGUGUCCAUCACCGGGAUCGACGAUCGCGUCGCGCGGUGGGAGGUGAAGGCGUUUCGACCGCGCGAUCGGUUCGAAGACGACGACGACGACGACGACGACGACGACGCGGAGGUGGGCGAGGAGACGACGACGACGACGCGCGCGGACGCCGCCGCAAAUCCUUCAAUGCGUCGUUCAGAGGAGAAGCAGGAGGAUAAUAGGGAAGUAACGCGCGCGCGAGAUGAUGAUGCGAUGGACGACGCCGCGCCGCUGACGCACGUCCUGACGACCGCCGACGCGUCCGCCAAGGCGCUGUGCCACGUCCCGCCGCCUCCGGGCGUUCUCGGCGGCGUCGUCGCCGUCGCCUUGCGCGGCCCCGCGUACGCGGUCACGGGGAACGCGCUGAUCGCGGCCGUGCGGACGACCGGCGGCGUGUCCAUCACCGGGAUCGACGAUCGCGUCGCGCGGUGGGAGGUGAAGGCGUUUCGACCGCGCGAUCGGUUCGAAGACGACGACGACGACGACGACGACGACGACGCGGAGGUGGGCGAGGAGACGACGACGACGACGCGCGCGGACGCCGCCGCAAAUCCUUCAAUGCGUCGUUCAGAGGAGAAGCAGGAGGAUAAUAGGGAAGUAACGCGCGCGCGAGAUGAUGAUGCGAUGGACGACGCCGCGCCGCUGACGCACGUCCUGACGACCGCCGACGCGUCCGCCAAGGCGCUGUGCCACGUCCCGCCGCCUCCGGGCGUUCUCGGCGGCGUCGUCGCCGUCGCCUUGCGCGGCCCCGCGUGUCGGCCGCGGCGCAUACGCGUCGGCAUCAGCCUCCGGAGCCAUCGGCGCGUCGAGGGGCGAUUACUGCUCAUGCGUCUCGUUGAAACGCCUUGGAGACGAGCGUUUGAGGUUGCCGCGACGGUGGCGCUGCCGCACCCGGCGACGUGCGUCGCGCCCGCGGGUCCGGGGCUCGUGUUCGUCGGCUGCGGACCGAGGGUGUACUGCGUCCGCGCGUACCAACGCGACGCGUUCGACGCCGCGGAGGAGGCGGAGUCCGUCCGCGGGACGCUCGCGGGGACGCUCGUGGCGUCGAACUACGCGCAUCUGUCCGCGCGGCGACGCGUGCGCGCCAUCGCGAGCGGCGGCGGCGGCGGCGGCGGCGGCGGCGAGCGCGCCAUCCCCAUCGCGUUCGCGGACGAGCGCGAGGGCGUCUCCGCGUUCACGAUGAAGACCGCGGACGAGCACGCCGGGCCGGGCGGGUUGGAGUACCCGUCGUUCGCGUUCGUCGGCGCCGAGGCGACGACGCGGCGCGUCGUCGACCUCUGCGCGCGGCGACGCGGCGAGACGUGCGGGAUCGACUCGAGCGGGAGGAUUUUCGUGCUUCGAAGACGCGAGGACGACGACGCGUGGGGCGCGGAGGAGGGCGCGUGCUCGCCGGAACAGAACUUGAGCCUCGCCGCGAGCUUCACGCUCAGGGCGAAGCCGUCCGCGAUGCUGGUGAUGGGAGACGACGGCGGCGGCGGCGGCGACGACGGCGGCGGCGACGACGGCGGCGGCGGCGAAAGCGAAAGCAUUUUUACGAAAAGGGCACCGUCCGUCCUCAUCGGGACGAGACAAGGCGGCGUCUCGAUGCUCUCCGAGCUCGCGAUCGCGGACUGGGCGGUCCUUCGCGAGGCGACGCGCCGCUGCCGCGCGCACCCUCACGUCGCCCCCGUCCUCGGCGCGAGUCACGCGUGCGCGACGGGCGCUUGGCCGCCGCGCGGACGGAACGACCGCGGCGCGGGCGGCGGCGGCGGCGGCGCGCCGCCGUGGCCGAAAGCGAACGCGCCGGCGAGGGCGCCGCCGCCGCCGCUCGUGAUCGACGGCGCGUUGCUUCGCGAGCUGCUCGACUUACCCGCGGACGCGCAGAGGGAGGUUUUAACGGACGCGAUCGACGUGGAAGCGAGCGACGGCGAGGAGGAGGAGGACGCGGGGGAGGGGUCGCGAAGAAGCGCGCCCGCGCUGCCGGUGGAGGCUGUCCUCGGGGUCAUUCAGCGCGUGUUGGAGCCGUGA